AUGGGAAUGGGCCCCCCCGGGGGGGCCCCCCAAGUGGGGGCCCCCCGGCAGGGGGGCCCCCAGGGGCCCCCCAAAGAUGAUUGGGGCCCCUGCGUCUGUAUUGAGGUGUACAGACAGUGGGAGUUUGCAAUGCUGCGAGUUCGUUUCCAGCAAAUCAGCGCAGCGCUUGCUGCUGCAGCAAACCAGCAGCUGGAGCAGCUGCAGCAGCAGCAGGAGCUGCAGCAGCAGCAGCAACAGCAGCAGGGGCAGCAGCACAAAGUUUCUGGCUGCCCAGAAAGGUGCAGCAACAGCAGCAGUAGGAAUUCGUUUGGGCCGCAGCGGGCUUCCCCAAGCACUAGCAGCAGCAGCAGCAGCAGCAGCAGCAGCAGCAGCAGCAGCAGCAGCAGCAGCGAUGCCUUGCUGCCAGCAGCAGCACAGGGGUCACUGCAGCAAAGAAAAGUCUUUGCAGCAGACCCUAGGGAAGCAUUUGUUAGGUGGGUUAUGGAGAGAACGGGGGGCCCCCAGGGGGGCCCCUUGGGGGCCCCCAAUGGGGCCCACUUUUGUACCCCUGGGGGCCCCCCAGGGGAAUGUCCGCAUGAAGGGGCCCCUGGGGGGCCCCCCUUUUUUAUGUACCCUCAAAGGGCUCAUCUAGACCCUCUUAUACCCUCUCCUUUGCCGCAGUUCGUUAGCAGCAGCAGCAGCAGCAGCAGCAGCAGCAGCAAAAGUAGCAGCAGCAGUAGCAGCAGCAGUAGCAGCAGUGGCUUCGGGGGAGAUAGUGAGACGUGGGAGCAUCUGAUGCAGGGAGAGGCUGCGCAGCAGCAGCAGCAGCAGCGGCUGCAGCAGCAGCAAGAGCUGCUGCUGCUGCAGGAGCAGCUGCUGCUGCUGCAGCAGCAAGCAACUAACGACACACUAGAGGCCGUUGCUGCGCUGCUGCUGCAGGGCCUGCAGCAAGCAGGUGUACAGACAGCGGUAUUUGGGGCCUCAGAGCCUGCAGCAGCAGCAGCAGCAACAGCAGCAGCAGCAGCAGCAGCGCCUCCUGCAGCAGCAGCUGCUGCUGCAGCGCCUCGCAGCUGCAGCCAAGCGCUGCUGCUGCAGCAGUGGGAGCUUGUGUUGUCUGCAGCGCAGCAGCAGCAGCAGCAGCAGCUCGAAGGCCCGCUGCUGUGUAGCUCCCUUAUUGGUGAGUGGCAGGACGAGCUGCUGCUGCUGCUGCUGCAGCAGCAGCAGCAGCAAGAAGACAGCGAAAGAGCAGCAAUUGUGUCUGUAGAGGGCGCUGAAGCUGUUGCUGUUGCUGUCACGGAGCUGCUCAUUCAGCUGUCCAGACACCUGACGCAGCAGCAGCAGCAGCAGCAGCAGCAGCAGCAGCAGCAGCAGCAGCAACAGCAGAAUUACCUAGAGAAGCAGCAGCAGCAGCUGCUGCUGCAGCGAGAACAGAACCACCCUCAAGAGGAACCCCAGAACUCCACACAGCAGCAGGAGCAGCAGCAACAGCAGGAACAGCAACAGCAGCAGCAGCAGCAGCAGCAGCAGCAGCAGCAGCAGCAGCAGCUUCUUCCUGGUUUAGCAGGUGUACACACAGCUGCACUGCGCAGCUCUUUAAAGGGCCUCUUAAACCUUCUGGGGGCCCCCCAGCAUUUAAUUGGGGGCCCCCGGGGGGCCCCCCAGCAUUUAAUUGGGGGCCCCCCUGGGGCCCCACAGAAUUUAGUUGGGGGGCCCCCAGGGGGCCCCCCGGUAGUUGUAAGUGGGGGGCCCCCAGGGGCCCCACAGAAUUUAAUUGGGGGGCCCCCAGGGGGCCCCCCUGUAGUUGUAAGUGGGGGGCCCCCCAGUGGCAGUGGGGGCCCCCCAGGGGUAGGGUUUAGUGGGGGGGCCCCCUUUGGGGGUGCAGCAGAGAAGCUGGAGCUGCUGCUGCGCUUUGCUGCAGCAGCAGAAGGAGCUACUUCUGUCCUUAAGGUGAAGCAGAGGCAGCAGCAGCAGCAGCAGCAGCAGCAGCAGCGGCAGCAGCGGCAGCGGCAGCGGAGAGCAGCAGUCACGACGUUGCAGCUGCUAGAUAUGGAAAACGGCGCAGCAGCAGCAGCAGCAGCAGCAGAUGCCGAAGCAGCAGUUGCACCAGCAGCAGCAGCAGCAGCAGCAGCAGCAGCAGCAGCAGAACAGCAGCUGCUGCACUGGCCCCCCGUAAGAGUCCCCGCCCACCCUUUAACGCAGCAAAGGCUGCAUGCAGAUUCUGGAGCAGCAGCAGCAGCAACAGCAGCAGCAGCAGCAGCGGACGGCCUUGCAGGAAGAGCCCCCAGCAGCCCAGCAGCAGCAGCAGCAGCAGCAGAAGCAGCAGCAGCAGCAGCAGCAGCAGCAGCAGCAGCAGCAGCAGUGACACCUUUCGAAAGGAAGCACGGGAGUUGGCUGCUGCGGCUGUGCAGGCCCUUAACCAAAAAAGCAGACAGGGGGGCCCCCAGCAGCGGCUUGUGGGGCCCCCCGAGUGGGGGAUUUCCUGGACUGUGGGGCGGCGUUUUCAUUGUUUGUCUCUUCAAGG